UCGAGUCUUCUAGUUCUCUUCUCUUCCUUCUUAGAACUUCGGUCUGAGAACUUCAUCUUCCCAUCACCUUCUUCAUCAUCUGAAGUGAUAUACCUUCACUCGAGUCUCACCAUAACCUUCUUCUUGUAGUAGCGGAGAUGGAAUGCCAUGAUAACUGAUAAGCCUUCAGUUAUAGCCUUAUAGGAGCAUGAGAUCCCUGCAUACGUCACCUCACCAUUAGUCGAACCUAGAAGCUGGAGUUUGAUUAUAAAGACUUGCUGUUUGACAAUGCUAGGAUCUAGUUCAACACCUACUGUCUCUGUUUCUUCUAAUAAGCGUCCACCUCGACCUCGACCUGCACCUAAUGCAAGUUCAGUUGGAGGUGCAAGUGCUGCUAAAGAUGCUAGUACUACUGGAGAUGCUAGUGGAGCUGGAGAUGCUAGUGCAGAUGGAGAUGCAACUGAAGCCGACAUAGAAGUGACAGAAACAAAGGGAAAGAAACGUACAUCUAAUAUGUGGAACCACUUUGAUAUGGAACCCCAGCCUUCAAAAUAUGCAAGAUGUCACCACUGGAAGACAAAAAUUGCAGCUCAGGGUGUCAAGUAUGGGACAGGUGGUAUGAAAACGCAUUUUGAGCAGAAUCUAUUGCAUGUCAGAAUUUUGUUGGGUUAUCUGCUAGUAUCUAUUGCAUGUCAGAAUCUGAUGGAACUUUGCAUUUGUUCAGUUUGAGGCACGGGAAGAAGCAGCUAAAGUUCUUCAGUGCAUUCACAUUGAGCCAACAACUGCACCAGUUGAUCCCAUCAUGCCUGCAGGCUGCAGCUGGUGUCUGGGAAUGAGGGGAGCAUUAAUAUCUUAUAUUUUUGUCGCCUUUUAUUCUCUUUUGAGCUAGUUUUGUUUCAAUUAGUAUGUAGUUAAAACUUAAAAGAUGUUUGGGGUUUUUCUUAGCUCGAUACUGCGAACCUCUGUUCUCAUUUUAGUUGCAUAUGUUGUCAGCAAACUGGGAUUCUGGGAAUGUAACUGAUCAGGUUUAAGUUUUUAA